UUCUUCUAUAUGUCUAGUUAUCAUUUUCAGUGCAAGCAGCAGCAGCAGCAGCAGCAGUAGCAGAGGACGACGUUGUUAUGCUUUUGUAACCGACGGACAUCUCAACGCACGCCGUCGGUUUUUGGCUUCCAACUGUGAUAACCGAAGCAUCGACUGCUUCUCUUUCUCUCUUUCUCCUCCUGCUUCCGCUUCCCAUUUCCAUGGCGGGCCCGACUAGCCCCUCCCGCCACUCCGCCGUCGACCCCGGCAGCGGCUACUGCCCCGCCACCAGGACCUUCCGCAGCCUCCGCCCCCACUUCCCCCUCCCUCCCCCGUCCCUCCCCCUCUCCGUCUCCCACUACGCCCUCUCCCUCCUCCCCCCCUCCACCUCCGCCGCCUUCCUCGUCCACGCCACCUCCGGUCACCUCCUCUCCUACCCGGACUUCCUCCGCCGCGUCCGCUCCCUCGCGCUCUCCCUCCAGUCCAGCUUCUCCCUCGCCAAGGGCGACGUGGCCUUCAUCCUCGCCCCUCCCUCCCUGCACGUCCCCGUCGUCUACUUCGCCCUCCUCUCCAUCGGCGUCGUCGUCUGCCCCGCCAAUCCCCUCAGCUCCCCCUCCGAGAUCGCCCACCAGGUCCGCCUCUGCCGUCCGGCCAUCGCCUUCUCCACCUCCCAGAUCGCUCCCAAGCUCCCCAGGGUCCCCCACGGCACCGUCCUCAUCGACUCGCCCGAGUUCGAGUCCAUGCUGGCUCAGUACGGCUCGGUUCCUAUGGCAGAGGCGAUGCCUCCGAACCAGGUGGAGCAGUCCGAUUCGGCGGCCAUCCUGUUCUCGUCGGGCACAACGGGCAGAGUCAAAGGAGUCCUGCUGACUCACCGCAAUCUGAUUGUGCUGCUCGCGGGGUUUUAUCACUUGCGGCUACAGCGAGCCGAGCACGAGCCGCACCCAGUGUCCCUCUUCGUGCUGCCUCUGUUCCACGUGUUCGGGUUCUUCAUGCUGGUCAAAGCGUUCGCGCUCGGGGAGACGGCGGUUCUGAUGGAGAGGUUCGAUUUCGUGGAGAUGUUAAGGGCGAUCGAGAAGUACCGAGUGACGAAAAUGCCGGUUUCCCCGCCGUUGAUCGUGGCGUUCGUGAAGUCGGAGAUCGCGGGGAAGUACGAUCUGAGCUCGCUCCAGGUGCUCGGAUCCGGCGGCGCUCCGCUCGGGAAGGAGGUCGCCGAUGGGUUCAGAGAAAGAUUCCCCCAUGUGGAGAUCGUUCAGGGAUAUGGUCUGACAGAGACUUGUGGAGUGGGAACCGGGACAUUGGGGCCUGAUGAGGCGAACCACCAUGGUUCCGUCGGUCGCAUAGCUCAUCACAUGGAAGCGAAGAUUGUUGAUCCAACCACUGCGGAUGCCCUGCCUCCUGGUCAGAGAGGAGAGCUAUGGUUGCGAGGCCCAACAAUCAUGAAAUGUUAUGUAGGGGAUGACAAGGCAACUGCCGAAACAAUUGACUCGGAUGGUUGGUUGAGGACUGGUGACCUUUGUUAUUUUGACUCCGAGGGGUUCUUGUUCAUUGUGGACAGACUCAAGGAGUUGAUUAAAUACAAGGCAUAUCAGGUUGCUCCUGCUGAGUUGGAACAUCUUCUUCACUCCAACCCUGAUGUUGCGGAUGCUGCUGUGAUUCCUUAUCUUGAUGAAGAAGUAGGGCAGAUUCCCAUGGCUUUCGUGGUUAGAAAACCUGGAAGCAACAUUACUGAAUCUCAGGUUAUGGACUUCAUCUCUAAACAGGUUGCUCCAUACAAGAAGAUAAGGCGGGUAGCUUUCAUCGGUAGCAUCCCAAAAUCUCCAGCAGGGAAGAUCUUGAGGAGAGAACUGGUCGAUCUUGCCACAUCUGUCAGAUCAGCUAAACUCUAGACAGUAUGCCCAGAAGAGGAAAUUAGACUUCUCGGUGCAUGUUGUUUCAAGUUCUUUUGACACUUUUUAGGGCAUCUAUAUAAUUUGGAAGACCACCAAGGCAUUACUAGCGAGUGACUAAUCCAUUGUAAUUUGAUUCCUACAAAAGCUAAUUUAGAAAAAGCUGUUCCUUGGAGCGAAA